CUACACUCGCUGUUCACCGUUCUUCAACAUGCCUCUAUCGGCCGUCCGGACGGUGGCCAAGAGCCAGGUAUGUCCAGUCGAUCCCGAACGGUUGCCCGCAGCACCCGCUCUAACACUCUUCAGAACGGCGUCGGCGCCUUCAUCCUCCAAUGCAAGCGGCUCGAAUUCCAUUACUGCGACUGGGCCGGCUCUUCGCGCGGUAUGAACGCCUUCAUCAAAUCCUAUCUCCCGCGAUUCGCAAAGAACCAUCCGCAAAUCGAGAUCGUUGUUUCGCCUAAGCCGCGCCAGCACCCUGUCAUCGUGGGGCACUUCAUCAACGGCAAGCAGCGGGAGGUUUGCGUCAAGAAUAUGAAGCCGGAGGGCGUGAGGGAACAGGUGGAGUUGUUGAGGGAUGCAAGCGGGGAGAAGUUGAAGAGGACCACUAAGCCGGUCACGAGUAUCAACGAGAGUGUGAGGGGUAUAUGGAGUCCAUUCCAUGGGGCGAAGGUGCAGAUAUAACGACAACGGAAUGUGGAUUUCUAUUGGGAUUAGAUUUGGACAUGAUUGGGUGGUUUCAGGAAGGCUUCCUGGAAGAAUGUUCGCUUGGGUCCAUAUUCAUUGGAGGAGUGUACGAAUAUGUGUACGGGAUACCACGGAAAUCAAGAAAGGUUUAGGUUGGGUCAAGGGCGUAUAAGUUGGCAUCCAAAUAUCUAUCAAAGAUUUUGCCACAUAGCCCAAGCUGUUUUAAAGAUGCUCGCCAUGGAAAUAUCCGUGUUGCCC